GUGGACACUGCGUUCUGUUCUCUAUUUUUGUACACCGUCGGAUUCGGCUACAAUUAUCCAUUCUGUGGUCCCUUCUAGCCCUUUUCAGACAGCUGAAACACACGUGGUUAGCUUUGGCGAUCUUGAUACGUCCAUCGAUGCUGAGGGCUGCAAAUUUCUGACACUGGUCGGACCAGUGUGUUGAGGUUUUGCACAACCAGCAUUUGUACCAGGGUAGCUGAUCAUUGUCAUCGCCAUAAGCUCUUAAGUGGCUGAUAGUACGCUGGUUGUGUAUACCAACUCUGAUCGGGGAUCAGUGAUCCAGAUCAUCAACGCAUGUAGUGUAGCGGGUUUCUUUUCCUUCUGAAGAUCUACGGCCCAGACUUUUCGAUCGUCGGCACACAUCUUCUGCUCCAUGAUGGACAACAUAUGGCUAUUAUCCAUAUCACUUGGCAGGUCAACUUCCUUUAAUGCGUUGUAACAUCGCUUCACGAGAUGUACCAGGUCGCAAAACCGCGCAUCUUACCCCACAUGUAGUGCUUUAGAUUGGACAAUAUCUUGUGUGAUAGUGUCUGACACGAAUCACGGAUCCCCAUAAAUGGAGUCUAAGUACUCCCAGGCGGCAACGUAAUCGGUUCCAAUUCCUUUUAUGAGCUCGAAUGGCUUAUCUCUUAAACACGUGCGAAGCAGCGUGACUGCAUCUCUAGGUUAAUAAUUGGCCUCAAUCAUGUGUUUGAUGUCGGAACGGAAGAUCGCAUAAUCUCGUACAUUCCCGGAAAAAAUAGGCAGCUUUGGUUUUUCGAGCUUGAAAGUACAGGCAGCGUAAUCGGACUUCGCUGUAUUGACAACAAAUGGUGUUCCGGUGGUUUGAACUACUGAUUCAAUAUUGUUUAAUGCCAGAUUUUGCACGUCAUUAGCAGUCUGGGCACUGUUAAUUACAUCUACUAGACCACUUGCGGAGUUAGCACUUAUUGCAGAGUCAACGGCGUUGACCACAGGAAGGGCUUGGUUUACCGAUUGCGUAUUUGAAAUUCCAUCAUUUCCAUGCACCCCAAUGCUCGAAACCUCCUCUUUUCCACUAGUUGAAGCCCCAUUCUCGUCUGCAUCCUCCGAAUUUGAUUGCUCUGCACUACCAAUAAACAUUUUCGCGUCUAAUUCUAUUCUCAUAAAGAUUUCCUGGCAUUCGUCCAGCUACUGCUCUUCCGUUUGGUAUUCUUUAUCGUUCACUAUAAACUUUGUAUACUCGUCGUGUUUUUCCACUAAACUUUCAUAUAUUCAUGGAACUUAGCCAAAAAUUGUCUUUCUUCAUCUGGAGGUCUAUGGUUUUCCACUGCAUGAACCAACGCCUUUUUUGGCGGCUCGUAGAAAUUGAAUGAAAAGUUCCGCGUUAAAAGUAUUGCCGAUGAAUUCUGUGGCGGGCUGUUGGCUACAGGUUAGCCUGAUUCAGCUAGGUUAGCUUAACGGCUUGUUUCAGGUUAGCAAAUUAAACUAGACCUUUCCCUUUGGAAUUGAUUUGCUGACUGAAGUGUGAUCUAAAGUACAAAAGCUUAAAUGUCAAUCAAUUUUCUAAAUCACGUGAUUCUCAUUCAUCUUUGACGAAGCACGAAGGUGAGGCAAAUAACAAGCUAUUGGAUGAGGAGGAUAUUCAAAGAGGCAACUUGAAUAGUAAAUACGUAAGCUUAACUCUUGUGUUAAAAAUCCUGAUCUUUGAUUUGUUUUUUUGUGUUCUAUACUUGUAAAGUACGAUCUGAUAUUGCGAUACGAAGCCCGAGUAAACGCUCUCGCAGCGUCUAGUUUCAACAAGUAAGUCGUCUUUAUUUGUCUAACAAAAAGCAAUAUGACAAGUGAAACGCAAUUCAUUCCAGGAUAAAAUCGUUGGAUACAAUAUAAUUUUCAAUAAUACAUCCGAUAGGUUGAAAUCUUACAGUACUAGCUUAGCGUACUUACUCCUUAUUACGUGAUGCGUGAUUGGUUAAAAAAUUAUCCGUGAUGCGUGAUUUGAUAGAAAAAUUCAGCGUGAUGUGUGAUUGGAACCCCCCCUUUGCCACCCUCUUCUAAAAGCAAAUAUCAGAGAGUGCAUUCAAAUGCGUCCUCAGAGGACAAGCGAUGCUCGAAAGCCGAACGAGAAUACUUCUAUCUUCAAAUAGUGCAAUUUUCAAAUGAGAAUCGGAAGUAAUCCGAAAUUGAUUUGGGUUUGCUUUCUUACGCUGUGAUAAGUUGAUUAAAUAAAAAUGAAACCAAAGAAGACUUGGACACUCGCAUUUUCAGCGCUUUAGACAGUGUGCUUGUUUUUAAUUUGCAUUCUCACUGGCUCUUUGUGAUGUUUUCCCUUUAUCUGAUUGGCUGGUGUGAUGACUUUGGUUUUGAUAUUGCGACACCCGGUCGAAAUGUGUUCAAUCUUGCAGAAUGUUCCAAUUACAGUUUUCUCAAUGAGUCAAACAGGGCACAAACGUUUUACAGAGGAAAAAGAUCCCUGUGUGACAGAGCUUUACCCACUGGCUGGUACAGAUUUGGAGGAGAGGCUGGACAACAAAUGCCAGAGUCUUGUGUGGACUUAAGACACUGUGGUACGAUUGCGCCGGGAUGGCUCAACGGAACACACCCCUUGGUGGGGGAUGGGGCUGUUGAAAGGAAGGUGUGUUUUCAUGCACCAAGCGGGAACUGCUGUACAUUGUCUACAGAUGUCCUUGUCCGAAAUUGUGGAGGGUUUUAUGUUUACAAGCUUAAGAAAACACCCCAGUGUGACCUGCGUUACUGCGGCAACGGAUCAUACUCAGAGCAAGAAUGUUCCACUUACAAGUUGCUGAACGAAUCUAACAGAGCGGAAACAUACAACCCGACUUCAUUCAUUCACCUUUGUGACAGAACACUUUUUGGCUGGUACAGAUUCAGCGGAGAGGCUGGUUUUAAAAUGGCUGAACAUUGUGUCAGCAAAGGUCGUUGUGGUACUUUUGCACCUGGUUGGCUCAGUGGGACCCAUCCUACUUUAGCUGAAGGUGCUGUUGAACGUGAAGUGUGUUUCCAUUGGUUUGCCUGGAGGAGUGAUUGCUGUUUGUUUUCAACAUUCAUCAAAGUUCGCAAUUGUGGAAAGUUUUACGUUUACAAAUUAAGGCCGCCACCUGUUUGUUCAUUGCGCUAUUGUGGCAAUGGGUUAUUUAAAAAAGAGUUAACAACAGAACCAGUAACGUCGCAUAGGAGUGUGGACAAUCAAGUUUCACAUACUAUGUCUUCCCCAACACAAGCUGGGAGAAUGACCACAGCAUCGACAACCGUUCUAUCAGAGGAAAACAAAAGCACCAAAUCGAAUAGAGGACCAGUCUUGACAAGAUCUUGGCCGACAACUAACUUUUCUCAGUCCACGUUGUUUACACAAAAAUUACCAUCAACUAAAAGACCUUUCGUAGAAGAAUCAACCUCCAAAAUUCCUUUCAAAAUAAUCUGGGGACUAGUCGGUGCACUUGCAUUAGCCAUACUAGUUACGAUUAUUGUUAAUUUUGCAAAACAAAUCAGACGGAAGAGAAAAGAGAAUGUCAACAAGGGGAAGAUCGGUGAAAAUGAUAUUCACAUGGUUGAAGUUACGACGGACAUAAUCAACCAUUUAAGAGGUCUAGGCCGGCAAUUUUCCACAGGACAGCUGGAUACACCCCUCGCGGUCGUAGACGAAGUAUUGGUUGUUGAUAAUGAGACAUAUCUAAAGCAAAUGGGAAUUGACAGGAACUGGGAAAUUCCUCGAGAAAAACUGGAAAUAACAGAAGAAAAACUUGGUGGAGGAGAGUUUGGAGUCGUAAAAAAGGGAAGCUAUGUCAGGAGAGAUGGUCAGAAACUGCCCGUUGCUGUUAAAAUGUUGAAAGAUAACACAGAUGAAAAGCAGCGCAUUGGUCUGAUCCAUGAGUUAGAAAUUCUUAGGAAAGUUGGUCGCCAUUCAAACAUAGUGAGCCUCGUUGGGGCCUGCUCAUUUGAAGAACCUUUGUGUGUGGUUGUUGAGUUUGUACCUGGUGGAAGUCUUGAUCAGAUAUUGCGUGACAGUCGAAUUCCUGUCGGGGCAUUAGAUACAAAUUAUGUCAACGUUUGGUCGAAACUGUCCGAGAGGGAACUGUUAAAAAUUGCUUCAGAUGUUUCAAAUGGAAUGCGCCAUUUAGAAAGCAAACUGUGCGUUCAUAGAGACUUGGCUGCUCGAAACGUUUUGAUCGGUGAGGGACUGAUAGCAAAGGUGGCAGAUUUUGGAAUGUCACGUGACAUUUCUCAAGAUGGAGUUUACAUUAAGUGCACCGAGGGCAAAAUCCCGUGGCUAUGGAUGUCUUUGGAGAGUUUUAGGGGAAUCUACACCACGAUGUCUGAUGUCUGGUCAUUUGGUGUCGUUCUCUGGGAAAUCGUCACCUUGGGUGAGCAACCUUACAUCGGAAUUACAAGCAUUGUACAACUUUGUAGCUUGCUACAGGAUGGAACGAGACUUGAGAAACCACCUCACUGCUCUAAACAACUGUAUGACAUUAUGCUAGAGUGCUGGCAAGAGAAACCAAAAGAUCGCCCAACUUUUAAAGAACUCCAUUCGAAACUUCACUCGAUCUUGUACGAGACCACGGUUACGUACAUAAACAUUUCCUAUUCAGGGGGAAGAGGAGAUCACGCUGAUUUUCAAGAGCUCUCUGACAGCAAUAGGUGAUCUUAGCAGCAAAGGUCGUAGACAGCGGAGCAGCGUCCCCCACACGUUUAGGUCCAGAAAUUAUCGCCCGCGUCACAGGAUAAAACUGGCUUUGUAAAGUUCUCUGUCCUAUGAUCUUCUUAAAGUGUAGUAGUUAGUGUACUCUUCCACUUCAUAAAUUUUCCGAUUUGCAAAUUCAUUUGAAAUUUUCACGUAAAACCGAAGCAACUGAUUCAACGAAAAUGACUUUCAUUGUAGGGUGAUGACACUGAUUUAAUCACUUAUUGAACUCUAGGCCACUCUUCUAUUCCAAUUUUCCCUGAAAUAUCUUUUUUUUCUCUCCUUCCGAGAAAAUAUAAACGCUUGUUUGGUGACUGUUUUCGAAAACACAAUACGAAACUCUGAGGUCUCAUUAUCUAAACAAAGUUUAACCGUUGUUUAUAAAAACUGCAUCCUGAACGAUCCUCAAUUUAGCCGAACCUUUUAUCGGAACAUUCAUUAUUGUGAACAGCGUUAAGAGGGCCGAAAGCUAUUUAACAGUAGAAGAAAAUUUAUUUAAUUAAAUAGGCCCUCUUAUAAAGCC